AUGUCAUUUGCCAAUAUCCUUCUUCUGGCUGCGCUGCAGGUGGCUACUAUAGCCUCUGCCCAAACCCACAGAUUUUUCCCCGGUAUGCAUGUCGAAAGCAUUGGCGAACUUAUUCCACGCAGACUAAACGACAAUGCAAGCGAGUGCACUAUCCGUGACACUUGCGGGGAGUGCUUCGGGUUUGGUUACGUCCUCUGCGACAAUUCGGGCUGCUUCAACCCAGACGACGGCGAGCAAUGCUGCAAGGACGGGUACAUGUGCGUUGGGCGGGAUGAUUCCUGCUGUCCGAAUGGUCCCGGCGAACCAGGAGAAGAUGGGACGAUCACUUACCCCAGCGAUACAAGUCUCGAAGAAGAUGAAGACGAAGAUGAAGAAUACACAUCCUGGACGUGCGAUACGACCAUGACCGGCGAGGAGUGCUGCUCAGGCGGCGGGCCGGAUAUUCACUGGUGCACUGGGGAGUACCCGUCGGUAACCUGCUACAACUCGACGCGGCAGACCUGCUGCGAGGACGGGCAUUUCUGUGAAGGGGAGGACUGCUGCGAUAUCGUGGACUCGACGCCUACAACGCCAUGGCUUACUGAAGUCGAGGCUACAUCGACCUCGACUUCAAGCCCGAAGUCGAGUUCGAACUCAGCUGACGAGGUUUCUGAGGAAGGAGCGGCGUCUGGCUCGGCCUCGAGUGCGUCGAUCACGAGUGACGAGCCAAGUCCGACUCCAACAGAUGCGGGGGAGAAACUAGCCAUUACAGGGCGAGUUGCAGUGCUUGGUGCUGUAGCAGCGGGGCUACUCCUACUCUAG